GACAUCGAGAUCGCUUCCACCUUCCCUUCGCAGGAACGCCAGAAGGAAACCAUCACGAGUUUGGCAUCCACGGUGCACACCUCGUGCGGGGGCCUGGCCAAGCAGGUGGAGAAGAGACCCGGGCACAUGGAGCAGGUGGGUCAGCGUCACGCACUUCGGCUGGAGGAGCAUGACAAAGUGAUCGACCACCUGGAGAAGCAGCUGCAGUUCCUUCUCAAUCAGAAACCUGGUGUCCGCCCUGCCAAUCCUGCACGCUCGAGGCCCCCCGAUUCCGCCAUCGUGCUGGCAAGGGCCGCGACCAUGGUGGCCGCCGCGGAGGUCAAUAAUGCCAUCGCACUUUGGCUCGAGAGGGCCUACCUUGAGGCUGAGGACUGGAAGGAGCUGCGCGUGGCGGAGGACAAUUCGCCGCAACGGAUCCAGAAUGAGCUCGCUCUCAAGCGGGCCAAGCGCGCUCUGGAAGGGCGCUUUCCUGAGCGACGUUUCUUCAUCGAUGGGGCCUGCGGAGAGCUGUCGGCGCAGCGGGCCCCGUUCUGCCGGGUCGCUCCGCUCGAGGACGGCCCCGCCAAGACCCAGUGGGGCGUCGGUGCCUUCGCCGAGCUCGACCUGGACAGGGCGGAGGUGGAUCCACUGGUCAUGCAAGCGGUCGCUGGCAGAGAG